UGUAAAUUUGUGUUACACGUUUCCGGCGGAACUUAAAUAAGGACGGACCGACAUAACACAGCGGGAAGCUGAACAACUUUUAUAUAUUUUUUUGGGGGGAAAUACGAAUUUAAAUUAAUUGUAUAAACAUUUUUAUCGUCUUGGCUGGACAUGAAGUUUCGUGGGAAGAUUGUCGACGUGGCGUGCCUCAACCAUUUCACUCGCGUGGUGAGCACCAUCUCCAAGCUGACCAAGACUUGUGUCCUGCGUGUGACCGAGGACCACCUUUUCUUCGUCCUCAGUGGAAAAGUGGCAAACGGAGGCGUGGGCAUGUGGUGUGAGCUCGCCCAGGCCAACUUCUUUGACGAAUACCAGAUGGAGGGUGUGUCUCCGGAGGACAACGAGAUUUGUCUGGAAGUGACUCCAGAGAACGUGUCCCGCGCCCUGAAGACGGUCCAGAACGCCAAAAAUGUCAAAGUCAAACUGACCAAGAAGCAUUGCCCCUGUUUGACCAUCGCUGCAGAGCUGCCCACCAUGUCCAGCACCAGCCGCGUGGUCACGCACGACAUCCCGGUCGAUGUCAUACCACGGCGACUCUGGCACGAGUUCAAAGAACCCAGCAUGCCCGACUUUGAUGUGAGCGUCUACCUGCCGCCUCUGAAGACCAUGAAGAACGUGGUGGACCGGAUGAAGAACCUCUCCAACUUCCUGGUGGUGGAGGCCAACAUGAGCGGCGAGAUGAACCUGAAGAUCGAGACCGACCUGGUGUCCGUCACUACUCACUUCAAAGACCUGGGAAACCCUCAGUGGGAUGAUGACGCCUCCCAAGAUGGCGGCCCGUCUCGGAGGCGUGACCCGGACACCAUGGCCCAGGCUCGCGUGGACAUCAGGAAGCUGCAGCAGUUCCUCAUCGGUCAGCAGGUCAACCCGAGCAAAGCCAUGUGCAACAUCGUCCACCAGAGGGUGCUUCACCUCAUUCUACUGCACGAGGACGUCUCGCUGCAGUACUUCAUACCCGCCGUGGCGUAGACGCUUGCCGCCGCCUAGGAGACGUACGAAACAGCAACUUGAGGAGGUGGGCCACGCCGCCACAAAACAAAAUGGCGUUUGGACGUUUAGUUUUAAGUGUUCAAAUGGCUUUGGCGUGUCAUGAAAGCAGUUUGCAGCACGGUCACAUGACACGGGAGGGGCCUCAAGGCUCCGCCCCCUCUGUCGGGAAGUUAAUGGCAGAGAGUGAUGAAGUCACAUGGUCAUCAGGCACUCUUGCGAUGAUCAUGUGACACAGCAUCUAAAUUGUGUCAAUCGAGGCGUUAUCUUUAAUUGUCAUCAAAUAUAAACAAUAAUAAAAGUUGU